AUGUCUCAGUCAAAUGACUGGAUCAAAUCUCUUAUUGAGGAGUCUCAGAAAGCCAAAGAGUUCUCCUACUGUCCCUACAGCCAGCUCAGAGUGGGAUCAGCCCUAUUAACAGAAGAUGAGAAGAUCUUCACAGGUUGUAACAUAGAGAAUGCCUGUUUCUACCUGGGCCUGUGUGCAGAGAGGACUGCCAUCAACAAAGCUGUGUCUGAUGGAUACACCAAGUUUAAGGCCAUAGCUGUGUCCAGCGACCUGGAGGAGCAGGUCAUCCCUCCCUGUGGCGCCUGUCGACAGGUCAUCAGAGAGUUUGGGGACAUACCCGUCUUCAUGACCAGGAUGGAUGGAUCCUACACCAGGAUGACUGUGGAGGAGCUGCUGCCUCUGUCCUGGAAUGCAGAGUACCUGAAGAAGAAUGAAUGAAUGACUGGAGACAGG